AAACUGUUUUUAUUGGUGUACUUAUGGUAUUUGUUUUCACAUCUUUUCAGUUUGAGAUUAACCAUGUCAAAAAUGAACAUCUCGAAUCUGUAGAAGGUUACUAUGAUCAUGAAUCCGGUUACAUUCAAGGACUUCAGUUCAAAACUAAUUUCAGAGUUUCAGAACUGAUUGGAUAUGAAAAGGGUAAUAAGUUUACACUUGAAGUUAAGGGAAAAAAGAUCAGUGGCUUUCAUGGAUAUAUGAGGAAGAGAAACAUCAUCGCCCUUGGAGCAUACUUCACUAUGAUUCUUCCUAGUAGACUGGACGUGAAAGGCGGCAAGGGAGGCCAUCAGUGGGAUGAUGGAGCUAACCAUGACGGUGUAACAAAGAUUCAUGUACGAGGUGGUUUUGACGGCAUUCAAUAUAUCAAAUUUAAUUAUGUCAAGAAUGGAGAAACCCAAGAUGGACCAAUCCAUGGUAUCUCUGAGGGUUACUACGAUGAUGCAUCUGGUGUAAUUCAAGCACUUCAAUUCAAAACUAACCUCAAGACUUCAGAUGUUUUAGGAUAUGAAAAGGGUAAGAAGUUUUUACUAGCAGACAAAGGUAAGAAAAUCAUUGGCUUUCAUGGAUACGCUGAAAAGAAUCUCAAUUCUCUUGGAGCAUACUUCACAACGGUUUCUCUUACCAAAUCCGAACGCCAUGGUGGUUCUGAAGGCGCAUACUGGGAUGAUGGUGUUUUCGAAAGCGUAAGAACGGUGUAUGUUAGUUAUGAUACCAAUAACGUAAAGAGUAUCACGUUUCACUAUCACAACCGCACAGUUAUAGAGCGUCAACAUGGGUGGCAGACUAUACAAGAUGAUUUAGAAGAAGAAGAGUUUGAGCUCGACUAUCCAAAUGAAGUGAUUACAUAUGUAGAGGGGACUUUCAAAAGAUUUGGGCCUGGCAAGACGAGGGUAACGUCAUUGAUUUUCAAAUCAUCUGAAGGGAGAACCUCUCCGUCAUUUGGAGUAGUGUAUGGUACCAAAUUUGUGCUAGAGAAAAAAGGUUGUGCUGUGGUUGGGUUUCAUGGACGGCAUGAUGAUCGAGAUCUUGUUUCUAUUGGAGCCUAUUUUUCUCCAAUGCCUCCUCCUACUGCAGAGAAAUUACGAGCACAAGGUGGUCUUCGAGGAGAAUCAUGGGACGAUGGUGUUUUCGAUAGUGUUAGAAAGUUAUACGUUGGACAAGGUGAUAAUGGUGUUGCAUUCCUUAAGGUUGUGUACGGGAGGGACACUCGUAUUGUUAUUGGUGAAGAUCAUGGAAACACAACACCACUUGAAGUCAAAGAGUUUGAGCUCGAAUAUCCAAGUGAAUACAUUACAGCCGUGGAUGGUUGUUAUGACAAAGUAAUUGGAAGUGAAGUUGAAGUUAUAACUAUGCUUAGGUUUACAACGAACAAACGAACAUCUAUUCCCGUAGGAUUCGUAUCUACCUCGAGCUUUUUACUGUACAAAGAUGGCUUUAAAAUUGUUGGAUUCCAUGGAAAGUCAAGUAACAUGAUUAAUCAACUUGGGGUCCAUGUUCUGCCCUUCACUUAUUAAUCACCUUCUGAUCUCACAUGUUGAUUAUUGUCUUGAUUAUGCAACAUAUCUCGUGUAACUAUUUCAAUAAAGAAAUAUGUUUGGACCUGUGUUGUACAUACUCAUGAUUAUUUAAUAUCAUGUAUGAUAAUUUAAUUUGGUAAAUAACUACUGUAAAAGUUUAACUAUAUAAAUUGAAUCCGUUUUAUAUUUGUACAAAAUAUUUUGGAAAAUUUUCACUUUUACCAUGUUGUUAGUACCAUUAUCCAUGUCUACCUCAUUAAAGAGAUAUUUUCAAAAAUAUUUUCUUCAGAGGUAAAAACUUUUUAUAUCAUUGCUUUAUAGAUAUAUAUAUAAAUACAAAUAAUUAUUUAAAUAAAUAAUAAUAAUAAUAAUUUAUAGUUUUAGAAUUAUACUUUUUCAAAUUCUAAUUUUUUAUAAAAUAAAUUAAUUUUUUUUUGCAAUUUUUUCGAAGUUUUUUCUGAAUCUAUUUUCUAAAUUUUUUUAAAAAAAAUUAGGUAUUUAUUUAUAUAUUUAUUAAAACCCUAAACUCCACAUUCCAAACCCCCAUUCAUCAACUCUAUACCCAAAUCUAGGUUAGUUAACCCUAUGAUUAUAAAUUUAUAACUGAUUAUUUAUUUCUUUAAAAAUGAGGGUAAAUGUGGUUAAGUUAACAUAAAAAUGGGAUUAGGAAUGUGGUAGUUUUGACAAUUUAUCAAAUAUUAUAUGAAUUUUACACAAAAGAUAUGUUUAGAUAUUAAACAAUCGUUUAACUUAAAUCUUUUUAUAAUUAAGUUCACCAUUAUUUUAAAUAAAUGUAGUUACAUAUUAAUAAAUGUUGGUGUUUUACAACAAUUUAAUCAUCUCAUGCCACUCCAAACAUUUUUCAAAAUCAACUAGUUCUCUUUAACGCUUGCGGUUGUAGAUGAGUAAAUAAAAAUCUAAAAAAAACUUCAUUUAAAA